ACUGAUCCUGGAUGAAAAGUUUAAACAUCGAGGCAGAGGCUGACGGACCUGACCCAGCACCGAACCAUGACGGAGAAGAGAUACGACCCCAGAGACACCACGCUGAAGUUCGUGAACAGACCUGAUUCUCUGGAUCCGUACCCUGCAGACGAAGGGGACGAAUGUCUCAGAGCAGAGAUGUCCUGUGGACACGCCGUCACUCCCCAGUCUCUGACUGCCUGGUGUCGCAGCCUCCUGGAUCAGGGGAAGUUCCAAUUUAAGUGUCCAGCAUUGAAGGAAGGCACCGUGAUGCUGUGCGAUGCCCUGUGGUCGUACACGGAAGUGCGCAGGCUGGCAGUGCUGACCUCUGAGGAGAUGGAGUAUUUUGAGGGGAAGAUGGCUCGUCUGGCGGCCGCUAAAUACUUUGAAGUCAAAACGUGUCCCGGCUGUAAAACUGACGUGGAGCGUGAGGACCUGACCAACCUCAGCGUGGAGUGCACCAUCUGCAAAGUGGAGAAGAAGGCCUCCUUCAACUUCUGCUGGCAGUGUCUGAAUCAGUGGAAAGGCCGAGCCCCGCGCUCGGACCGCUGCGACAACGACGGCUGCGACAACCUCGAUCUGAAGAUUCUCAGGGACUGCAAGGACACCUCCCUGCCACAGGUCGAGGGAGUGGACAAGUGUCCCUCCAUCAGGGCAUGUCCCACUUGUGGCCAGCGGGUGGAGCACGACAGAACCGGCUGCAAGAACAUCAUCUGUCCCCGCUGCAGUGUGGAGUUCUGCUUCGUGUGUCUGAAGGUCACGCCCGAGUGUCUGAAGAGCAGCACACACUUCGUCGCCUGCAGCGCCGGAGUGGCUCCGAGACAAACCUCCAUUCCUGUGUGGCACAAAAAGUGAAAUUUAAAAAUGUAUGUUUGAAAUGUUCUUGGUUUCAGAAAGCGUCCACAGUUUUAUCAGUUGUAAUUUCACUGCCUCACCUCCUUCUGUCUGUCACUGAUUUAUCUCUCUCUUCCAACAUCCUAAAAGAAAAAUGUUUUUCAUGCUCAAAGUUCACUUAACAAUAUUUGUGAAAAAGUAAAGAUUUUCUAUAAAACAUGAA